AUGGAGAAGACCGAUGGGAUCAUGACACACUCUACCAUGAGGAUUGAUAGAGUUGAGACGGCGGUAGUGGAGGUCACCACAAGAUUGGGGGCCUUGGAGCACCAAGUAAGUCAAAUUGCUCAAGCCGUUGGGAAAAUACGUCAACCGGGGCAAUUUCCAACCACUACAAUUCCAAACCCGAAAGAUUGCAAGGUAAUCUACUUGAGGAGUGGGACAAGCUAUGAGAGUCCUCCUAUACCCGAGGUGGAAGCUAAGGAAGUGCCGGAAGAAGAGAUAAAAGAAGAGGAGAUAGAGCUGGAGUCACCUAAUAUGCCAUCUGAGGUUCAACCAGAGGCAAUUAUUCUACCUAAGCCAAAGGAAGUCAAAAUUCAUUUCCCUCAAGUGGUGCAAAAGAAGAAGUUAGAUGAGAAGUUUGCAAAAUUCCUUGAGAUCUUCAAGAGGGUGCACCUCAAUAUUCCUCUUAUUGAGGCUCUCCAACAAAUGCCCGGCUAUCUCAAGUUUUUGAAGGAGAUUAUGUCCAAGAAGAAGAAGUUGGUUGAUUAUGAAAUCGUGAGCUUGACCGAGAAUUGUAUUGCAAUCAUCCAACAAAAGAUGCCGAGAAAGAAGAAGGAUCCGGGGAGCUUCAACAUCUCUUAUGUGAUCGGGAAUGAUAGGCAAACCAAGGCCUUAUGUGAUUUGGGGGAAAACAUAAAUCUCAUGCCCCUAAGCUUCUUCCGGAAAUUGAAGUUUGGUGUCUUGAAGCCGACCACCAUCACCCUUCAAAUGGCGGAUAAAACCGUCAAGUUCCCCAAUGGAGUCCUCGAGAAUGUCUUAGUGAGGGUGAAUGAUUUUAUCUUUCCCGUGGACUUUGUUGUCUUGGAUAUGAAGGAAGAUCCAAAUGUCUCUCUCAUCCUUGGAAGGCCCUUCCUUGCAACCGGGAAUGCUCUAAUUGAUGUCACUAAGGGAGAACUUACCCGUAGGAAUGGAAACAAGACGGUCAUCCUCUCUAUGUUGGACAAGAUGAAACGACACAAAAUGGAAGAAUCCAAGAGAGUGGAAGAGGUGCCGUUGGAUAUUGAAGAGUGA